AUGGACCUCCGUCCACCACCCUGCCUUGUCGCCCCCUUGCACGGCAUGUACGACUCCAGCAAGACGUUUGGGCAGAACGUGGAGCUCUCAGAGCCCAUCCUCUCGCGCUUUGACUGCCUGCUCGUCAUCAAGGUGUGUGUGCGUGUGAUGUGCGUUAUCAAGAUCCCAUCCUCUCGCGCUUUGACUGCCUGCUCGUUAUCAAGAUGUGUGCAUGAUGUGAAAACCCCUCAUACCCCUCAUGCUCCUCAUUCCUCUCUCAUACGGUCUUCCCCUCCUUCUCCCGCGUUCAUUUCUGCGUGCCUUUGCACAACCCUCACACCUCUCACACCUCUCACACCUCUCACACCUCUCACACCUCUCACACCUCUCAUAACGCUCACACCUCUCAUACCUCUCACACCUCUCAUACCUCUCACACCUCUCAUACCUCUCAUACCUCUCACACCUCUCAUACCUCUCACACCUCUCACACCUCUCACACCUCUCAUACCUCUCACACCUCUCACACCUCUCAUACCUCUCAUACCUCUCACACCUCUCACACCUCUCACACCUCUCAUACCUCUCACACCUCUCACACCUCUCACACCUCUCACACCUCUCACACCUCUCACACCUCUCACACCUCUCACACCUCUCAUACCCCUCACACCCCUCAUACCCCUCACACCCCUCAUACCCCUCACACCCCUCAUACCCCUCACACCCCUCAUACCCCUCACACCCCUCAUACCCCUCACACCCCUCAUACCCCUCACACCGCUCAUACCCCUCACACCCUCUCAUACCCCUCACACCCCUCAUACCCCUCAUACCCCUCAUACCCCUCACACCCCUCAUACCCCUCACACCCCUCAUACCCCUCACACCCCUCAUACCCCUCACACCCCUCAUACCCCUCACACCCCUCACACCCCUCAUACCCCUCACACCCCUCUUCAGGAUCUAGUGGAUCCAGUGGUGGACGAGCAUUUGGCGCGCUUUGUGGUGGGCAGCCAUCAGAAGUCACACCCGCAGGCGCAUGGGCAUGGAGGGGACGGGCAAGCGAGAGAAGAGGACCCUGAUGUGCGUAUGCAUGCUGACCAGAACAGGCCCUCCCAUUCUGCAUGUGCACUCCUGUGGCUUCCCAUGCUACCUGCCGACCUUCCUCCACUGCAUUCUCUCUCUCCACUGCAGGUCAUCCCGCAGGAGCUCCUAAGGAAGUAUGUCACCUAUGCCCGCCAGAACGUCUUCCCUCGCAUGCACGAUGCUGAUGCCGACAAGAUCGCCCUCGUUUAUGCUGACCUGCGCCGCCAGUCACUGCAAGGGCAGGGCGUGCCAAUAGCGGUGCGCCACGUGGAAUCAAUGAUCCGCAUGGCAGAGGCGCACGCCAGGAUGCAUCUGCGGCCGUUCGUCACCGACGAUGACGUGGACACCGCCAUCCGUGUUCUGCUGGAAUCGUUCAUUGGGACUCAGAAGUAUGGGGUGCAGCGCGCACUGGAGAAGCCGGCGAGGGGGAGGGGCGGCAGGCGAGGGGAAGAGGUGGUGGAAAUGCGAGUGGAUGAGCUGGAAGCCAAGGCUCGAGAAUAUGGCAUAGUGGAUUUGAGCUCUUUCUUUGCGAGCCGCCACUUCACAGACAACCACUUCACCCUCGAUACACUCCACCGCGUCGUGCUGCACCCCGUGGUGUAG